UUUGUCCAGAGGCUAAACCUGGAGAAGCCUCCCCUUUCAGUUGCUGGAGAUGAUUUUUCUUGUGUUCGUUUUCCCCUGCCUGUGAGGAAUUUCCCCUCUGGUAGCACCAGCAGCAGCGGCGGCAACAGCAGCACUUCUGGAGGAACGGGGCAGGAUGCCUGUGCUAGAUCGGUUUUUUAACUCAGCCGAGCUGGGCAGAAGGUGGACGGCAGGGGAAAGGUUGCUGCCCUCUUCCCUGGGCAGCCUGCCGGACUGUCAGCAGGGGCCUCUAUCCUGGUACUUACCAGAGAUGAUCAGGAUGGUAAAGCUCGUGUGGAAAUCAAAAAGCGAACUGCAGGGGACCAGACCUCAAGGGCUUCUGGAGAGCGAAGAUGCUCUGAACAGCUUCUCAGGAGAUGUACGAGUGAGAGGUCAGACGGGGGUUCCUGCUGAACGCCGUGGCUCCUACCCGUUCAUCGACUUCCGCCUACUGAACAAUACACCGCACUCAGGGGAAAUUGGCACCAAAAAGAAGGUGAAGAGGCUGUUGAGCUUUCAAAGAUAUUUCCAUGCAUCCAGGCUGCUGCGAGGGUUUGUCCCCCAGGCCCCUCUGCACUUGUUGGAUGAGGAUUACCUUGGACAAGCAAGGCAUAUGCUCUCCAAAGUGGGAAUGUGGGAUUUUGACAUUUUCUUAUUUGAUCGCUUGACAAAUGGAAACAGCUUGGUAACAUUGCUGUGCCAUCUCUUCAACAUACAUGGGCUUAUUCACCAUUUCCAGUUAGACAUGGUUACAUUACAUAGGUUUUUAGUAAUGGUUCAAGAAGAUUACCACAGUCACAAUCCGUAUCACAAUGCUGUCCAUGCCGCUGACGUGACACAGGCGAUGCAUUGCUAUCUGAAGGAGCCCAAGCUCGCCAGUUUCCUCACACCACUGGACAUUAUGCUCGGCCUGCUGGCUGCUGCAGCCCACGAUGUAGACCACCCUGGGGUCAACCAGCCGUUUUUGAUCAAAACCAACCACCACCUUGCCAGUUUAUAUCAGAAUGUAUCUGUGCUGGAGAAUCACCACUGGCGUUCUACCAUCGGCAUGCUCCGAGAAUCCAGGCUCCUUGCCCACCUGCCUCCAGAAAUGACACAGGACAUUGAACAGCAGCUGGGUUCCCUGAUCCUGGCUACAGACAUCAACAGGCAGAAUGAAUUUCUGACCCGUUUAAAAGCGCAUCUGGACAACAAGGAUUUGAGACUGGAGGAUGCUCAAGACAGGCAUUUUAUGCUUCAGAUCGCACUCAAGUGUGCUGACAUUUGCAAUCCUUGUAGGAUCUGGGAGAUGAGCAAGCAGUGGAGUGAAAGGGUCUGUGAGGAAUUCUACCGGCAAGGUGACCUUGAGCAGAAAUUUGAAUUGGAAAUAAGUCCUCUUUGUAAUCAGCAGAAGGACACGAUACCCAGUAUACAAAUAGGUUUCAUGACUUACAUCGUCGAGCCGCUCUUCGAGGAAUGGGCCCAGUUUACCGGAGACACUCCCCUGUCGGAAAACAUGCUGAGCCACCUCACGCGCAACAAGGCCAAGUGGAGGGGUCUACUCCACAAACAGCACAGCGGCGACGGCGGAGGGGGUGGCGACGAUGAUGGCGGCGGCGGCAGCGGUGACCACUCAAGCCCAGUGACUGAAAAUGAAGAGCAGACUUUCACGGAAGGGGAGACCCCUUAGUGCUGGGCUCCGGGGUCUCUUCCACGGCCUUGCCGUCUUUCCUUGGCUAAUCAGGACCAGGUCUGGUGAACGAGAAACCCGCGGGUGUGGUGGGUACCCCCGUCAAGCGUGGGAAAAGGAAAACAAAGAGGAAGACGGAGCUCUAGAGACCCUCCUUUACCGACCCACCCAACUCCUGGGUUUCAUUGUUGUGCUCUCAGCUCUCCAAGGUACAUCGGGUACCUUCUGCCCUCCGCCCUCCCAGUCAGGAGUCCGUUCGAGGAGGAACUCCAUUCAGUGGGAGGCUGCUGGUCCCGGGAGAAGGCCAGUGACUUGCCCGGGGGAGAUUGGAGAGUCAGGAAGAUCAACUCCAGGGUCCAUGUUCCACUCGCCCAGGCUGGGAUAUGCAGCCGGCCACGGGCCCCAACUAUUGCACGGUCUCUGGCCCCGCUGCUACGCCCCACGUUAAACCACCAGCAUAUUCGGGACUCGGCGGAUAAGGGCCUGGCACUAAAGAGAGCAAGAGAGAACCUCUUUAUUUUAUUGAUAACGAUGAUAAUGAUAAUAAUAAAUAAACCCUUUUUAACUUUUCUAUUCCGUGCACUAGACGAUGGAUCUAAAAACCUCGGACUGAGAUUACUCGGUGUACCCACCUGACCAGGAGACGGCUCAUUUUGUUAAUAAUUUUUAUGCCACUUUAGGUAAGAGGCCGGCAUCUUCUCGAUUCGAGGAACAGGGUCUCCUAUCUACUCGGUGGAGAAGGUGAUGCUCAGCUCAGUCCUUUGCACCGUUAGCUGAUCUGUCUUUUUUGAUGACUCAAUUUCAACGACAUGUUUAUAUUCACACGUGUACAUUUCCUGUAAAUACAAAGCGCUACUGAUUCCCCUGCCAAGAUACUUAAGUAUUACGGGAUUGCUACCUGUAUAAACAAUGGCACUGUGAACAGAAUACUGUUAGUUUUAAUACGAGAGAAAGCGUUUGUAAAUAUGGUAUAGAGUUUAUUAAUACACUAUUGUUUGCAGAUAAUGGCCUUAACUUUUACCGUCUCUCAUCUUCUGAUAGCUACCGCCCUUGUAGCGCCACAGCUGUGUUUCUGAAUUGUCUUUUCAUUUGCAUCUUCCCGCUCCCCACAGAAUGAAGAUUGUGGGCCCUUUUUGUUGUCGCUGUUAUUGUCCCUUUUCCUCUUUUGAAACUUCACAUGCAUUCCGCUUGAGACCAUGUUGUUUAAUCUACGGCUCCGGGCAUCCUUUCGAAUGGGUUCAUACCCAAAGCCUGAAGUAAUCGUUACAGCAAUGCUACACAGUCGAUUUUAGCAAUGCCAGCUGAUGAGCUUGUGUUUGUUAGACUCUUGCUACGGAACCUGACGGUGUGCAGACCCAGAUGGGACCCGUUGUGACUUGUCACGUUAGCUGUUUUAGAGAAUCCGUGCUUCGUCUGGUACAGUAUCCCAUGGUCCCUUUGUGUUGGAUUCAUUCUUUUGGUCUUGAGUAACUCGUUUCGUUUUCCUCAUUGCCUAAAAAUACCUAGCUGUUUGUUCCCUCUCCUUGAUGCUUUGUGGUUAUUUAAGGAAGGGCAAUAUUCUGUGAUUGACAGCCUUUUCGCUUGCUGAUGAAGUUCAUCAGGGCUAAUUAAUUACAGCUCUCACUAGCCUGAGCCCCUGGAAUUUUAAGCUGUUUGGUUCCACUGUGCUUUAUCCAAUGACUAGCUAUGUGAUCCAUCCAUUAAGCUCAACCCAUGGAGGGAUUCUCGUAUGUUCUGGGGCCUUCCGCUCUUUGGCUAUGUCCUGCUCCUAGACGUAGCAGGAACUCCAACUCAAGAUAGAGUAGUGGGCACUUAGAGCUAUUUUUUUUCCUUUAAGGAUGAUUACAGUGGUGUCAGUCAAGUCCGUCAUUAUUUAAAUGCUCACGUUUAACGCAUUAAAAGUAGCUAACUUAUUUUCUUGGUUCUCUUAAGCAUCCAUUUUCAUAGGUUGAAGCUUUCAUUAAUAAGAUCUUUUAGGAAAAACAGCAGGAUUAGAGAGAAAUGAUUACCUCGAAAGAGUGAAACAGAAGCUUUGCUGGAGAACUGGUUUAGGUUUGUGCCGUAACAGAAGAGGCUACCGGUUGACCGAACAAAAGUUUUGACCUUUGGAUUACAAAAGUCUAGAGAAGAAAUUGAUAUAAUUUCUAGACAAAGAGUCCAGUUGUGAGACCACAGCUCAAUUCUGUUGGCUGGCUACAAACUGGCAUUCUUGGAAUAAUUCAGGUUGUUUUUCAUAAUCUUUGAAACUGUUGGAUUUAUUGUGGGCAAGGAAAAGCCUAGAUUUGGAGAUACUUCUGAUUGUAAACCCCAAAGGAAAGCUCCAAUGUAGCUUGAUUACAGGAGAUACCCACCUGAGGCCUUUGAAUAGCCUGUAUCUAAGAGAGUCUAGAAAAAGGAAUUAUGGCUUGGAGUUGGUCGAGGGGAGGCUGGUCCAGAAAACAUCUAUUUGUAGCCAAUAUUAGCAUUUCCUCAUGUUUGACCAAGGCCUCUUUCUGAAGUUAUGAAACAGAGAUAGUUGCUUUUUCUUAUACUAAGAAGCUCAAAACACACUCCUUAUGUAGAUUAUGCAUGUCCUGCAUUGCUUCUGCUGCCUGUCUUUUGACUAUUAAACCCACUCACUUUGAUCCAUAACAGACAAUAGGCAGAAAAAUGGAAAGGAAAUCAAACAAAUGCAUUUCCAUGCUAAUUAGCACCUCUCAAAUGACCUUGCCAGACAGCUGAAACAAUCAGAAAAAAUGGGCUUUGAGAUUAUUUGUUGAUUUCUUUCAUCCACACCAUCAUCAUUCCAAUGACAAUCAAAAACGAAUGACACUUGAUUUUAUUGCUUGAGGAGAUUAUUUUAGUGGCUGAGAGGUUGAGGAGGUGGACGGAAGAUAAAAUUAAGAUAAAAUUGAAAAAGGACACUUUCUUAAGCCAGAUAAGGGCUAAGAAACAGCUGUGGAGAAUCAAAAUAUUAUAUUAUUUGGGAAGCUCCUGCUAACUCAUAGCCCUGGGCUCAGAUCUGAUCCAUAGUUGGACUCGAUAAGAAUUGAACCCUACCCUCUUGAGGUUCAGGAUCCCAAAAGGAAUCCACAAUAGUGUCAUCUGGAGAGCAUCCAUAGCUUGGUCUGCUCUUGGGAGCUUUUCUAAAGCAGUGCAAAUUACCCCUUGAUUUUGGACUGGGUUAUGAAGUUGUAGAUUCACCAAAUUUCCCCUAAAACUUCAUGCGUAAACUGGACUUUGAAGCCAAACCUAUUCAAGUUGUUCAGCUUUGACUUUUCUGUUUAUUAAAUACCCUAUGGGGGCAGUGACAGAAAAUACUUUUUUGAUGGUAUUUGUUACGUGCUUACUAUG